GGGCUCCGGGGCCGCGGGAGAGUCGGAGGGUGACUCUCGGAGCCGAGCCGGUCCUGGUGCGGGCCGCGCGUCUCGGGCCCGGCGCAGCGGGAACGCAGCGCUCGCAGCCCCCGGCGUCCAUGGAGCAGGGCCCGCCGGCGGCGGAGAAGCCGCGGGGAGCGCGGUGCGCCAACGGGUUCCCCGGGCGGGAGCCGCCGCGGCCCCCCGAGGCCAAGGGCGCACCGCCCGCCGCAGCCUGGAAGGCCGGGCGGCCCCGCAGCGAGGAGGACAACCAGCUGAACCUCCCCAGCCUGGCCGCCGCCUACUCGUCCAUCCUGCGCUCGCUGGGCGAGGACCCCCAGCGGCAGGGGCUGCUCAAGACGCCCUGGAGGGCGGCCACCGCCAUGCAGUUCUUCACCAAGGGGUACCAGGAGACCAUCUCAGAUGUCUUGAAUGAUGCCAUAUUUGAUGAGGAUCAUGACGAGAUGGUGAUUGUGAAGGACAUCGAUAUGUUCUCCAUGUGUGAGCAUCACCUCGUGCCGUUUGUGGGAAGGGUCCAUAUUGGUUAUCUUCCUAACAAGCAAGUCCUUGGUCUCAGCAAACUUGCCAGGAUUGUAGAGAUCUAUAGCAGGAGACUACAAGUUCAGGAGCGCCUCACCAAACAAAUCGCGGUGGCCAUCACAGAAGCCCUGCAGCCUGCUGGUGUUGGGGUGGUCAUCGAAGCCACACACAUGUGCAUGGUAAUGCGAGGCGUGCAGAAGAUGAACAGCAAGACUGUCACCAGCACCAUGCUGGGCGUGUUCCGGGAAGACCCAAAGACUCGGGAGGAGUUCCUCACCCUCAUCCGGAGCUGAACUUCUGCCUGGUUUGCAGGCCUUGCUACCACUGCCAUUAUCUGUCUCAAUCGUGCAUUCCAGUUUCAAUUGGUAUACUUGUGAACUUUAUUUCUCACCAUGAAUUUUAUUUAAUAAUUAUUUAUAGAUAUGUCAAAUAAAAGUAAUCAACUAAA